AUGACUAAACUUGUUGCAUUAUUGCUUCUCUCUUUGCUUGCUUAUGCAGCUGUAGCAAGCACUGAAAUGCAGCAGAGGGAAGCACAACAAUGCCAGCUCCGGAAGAUCUCUACCAGCAAACCUUCUCAUCGGAUGAGGUCCCAAGGUGGUGUGACUGAGAUUUGGGACCCAGAGGAGGACCAAUUCCAGUGUGCUGGGUUCGCUCCCAUGAGGGACACUAUACAGACUAAUUCCCUCUCUUUGCCCAAGUUCUUCUCUGCCCCUCGCUUGGUGUACAUUGAGCAAGGUAGGGGAGUAAUGGGAGUCAGCUAUCCUGGAUGCCCAGAGACAUAUCACAAUGAUCAGCAAUUUUCAAGAGACCGAGGCCAAGGCCAGAGAGGAAUGUCAGGAGACCAGCACCAGAAAGUUCACAGGAUUCGCCGCGGAGAUGUCAUUGCCGUGCCAGCAGGAGCAGCCCAUUGGUGCUACAAUGAUGGUAAUGAGGAGCUCAUCGCCGUCUCUGUUCUUGAUCUUAACAACCAGGCUAACCAGCUGGACCAGAACCUUAGAGGAUUUAUGCUGGCGGGCGGCCAAUCCAGUCAUGGACAGGAAAGAUACGAGAGAGCUUCUCGGAGAUAUGCAGGUCAAUCUGAGAGGAGCCAUGAAGAGACCUUCCAGAACAUAUUCCGUGGAUUUGACGAAGAGUUGAUGGCUGAGGCCUUCAACGUUCCAAGAGAGACUGUAAGGAGAAUGCGUCAAGAUAGUAACAGAGGACUCAUUGUCAAGUGCCGAGAAGAUAUGAGAAUCAUGUCACCCGAUCAAGAGGAGGAGGAACAAAGCGAAUCUUCACCUCGGGACGGCUUGGAAGAAACUUUCUGCAACAUGAAAAUCAAACAGAACAUUGAACUCCAAAGAGAAACCGGUGUUUACACUAAACAGGGCGGAAGAAUCAACAUUGCCAACCAGCAAAAGCUUCCUAUCCUUCAAUUCAUUGACAUGAGCGCUGAGAGAGGCCAUCUUAUGCCAAAUGCAUUGUACACGCCACACUGGUCCAUGACAGACAACAGAGUCGUCUAUGCUCUCCGCGGUGAGUUGAACGCACAGGUUGUGGAUGAAAGAGGAAACACCAUAAUGAACGAGAGAGUAAGGCAAGGUGACAUGUUUGUGAUCCCUCAAUUCUAUGCUACAUUGAUGAGGGCAGGAAACAAUGGUUUUGAAUGGGUGUCAUUCAAAUCAAGCAGCCAGCCAAUAAAGAGUCCCAUGGCUGGUUCCAUUUCCGUGAUGAGGGCCAUGCCCAUUGAUGUCAUCUCCAACGCUUACCAGAUUUCCCCUAGAGAAGCUGAACAAUUGAAAAUGAACAGAGACCCACAAUCCAUGCUGCUGUCCCCUACCAGGACCUCAUCUUGA